AGGCAGCGAGAAUUGAGGAACUUGAGUUGAGCAGUUCCUCUGGCCGGCAGAGCCGAGCCUCCGCGGGAAUCUCUCGCUCUUUUUCCCUCGGCACUUUUGCGCCUGGCGGGGGGGACCCUCAAGCCUUGCAACCGCUCCACAGCCACAAUGCGGGAGACUCUGUUCAAGGACAACUUCUGGACUACAGAUUUGAUCAGCACAGUCGGAUAUGACAGUAUCAUCCAACACCUUAACGAUGGCAGGAAGAACUGCAAGGAAUUUGAAGACUUCUUGAAGGAAAGGGCUUCUAUAGAAGAAAGAUAUGGAAAGGACCUCAUCAACUUAUCGCGGAAGAAACCUUGUGGACAGACGGAGCUGAACACCCUGAGAAGAGCCCUUGAGGUUUUUAAGCAACAGGUGGACAGUGUAGGUCAGAGCCAUAUCCAGUUGGCCCAGACGUUGCGUGAAGAAGCAAAGAAAAUGGAGGAUUUCAGGGAGAAGCAGAAAUUCCACCGUAAAAAGAUUGAGCUUAUGAUGGACGCUAUUCAUAAAAACCGGAAUUUGCAGUACAAGAAAACCCUAGAAGCCAAGAGGAUCUACGAACAGCGGUGCAGAGACAAAGAUGAGGCGGAGCAGGCGGUCCACCGGAGUGCCAACCUGGUCACGCAAAAGCAGCAGGAGAAGCUGUUUGUAAAGUUGGCUCAGACAAAGACAGCCCUAGAAGACUCAGACAGGGUGUAUCAGAUGACCAUCGGCGCUCUCGAGAAGAUCAGGGAAGAAUGGGAGAAUGAGCAUGUCAAGGCGUGUGAGUUCUUCGAGAGCCAAGAGUCGGAACGGAUAAACUACUUCCGGAAUGCCUUGUGGCUCCACGUCAACCAGCUCUCUCAGGAGUGUGUCAAGAAUGACGACAAUUACGAGGAGAUCCGCAAGAGCCUUGAGCAGUGCAGCAUCGAGAAGGACAUCGAGUGUUUUGUAAACUUCCGCAAAACAGGCGCCGUCCCCCCAGCUCCAGUGGUCUAUGAAAACUAUUAUAACUCGCAGAAGAAUGCAGUGCCGGGAAGAAAUCAACCACCAGUAACUGGGAGGAGGCCGCAGUUACCCAUCCCUUCCAGUGGACCAUUGGACCCUGAGUAUUCAACCGUGGAUGGUUAUAGUUUACUACAUCAUCCCUAAACUGGAGAGUAACUUGAAGCAUUUUGCCCAACUUUACCUCCAUGAGGAAAGCAAGUAAGAAAAUAACAGCAUAUCAAAAGCUGUGGCCUUUUCCACCCCCCUUCAUGAUUUUGUUUUCUUCUUGGCCGGACUUUUUAAAAACAAGACUAACAGAAGAGUUGAUUGUAUUCACAAUGGAGGAUGUGCACAGAACUAGCAGCACAAAACUUUCUUUCAACAAAUCCCACUGACGGAACUUUUCAUUUCAAGGAAAGGGGAAGAAAUACCCUUAAGUGCUCAGCGGCUGAUGGGGUGUCACGUCUCAAGUGAUUUGAGUGUGUCAAUCCUGAGUACAGAUCGUUACAUAAUUGAGGAAAUCACUGGAUGUUCUUGGACAAGUUGCAAUCUGUCUACCUGACCUUACUUUGCAGGGUUGUUGUGAGGGUUAAAUGAGAUGAUCCCAUUAUGUUGUCCUGGACUCUGUAGGAAAUGUGAGACGCCAAUGUGAAAGCUAGUUAUCCUGGGAGUAAAAAGUUGCGGGUGGGGAGGAGGAGAUACAGUGAAAUGGAGAUAGCUUUUUUAUUGCACAUUCAUGAUGCUUUGUGCUCACAAUGCUAUGGGAUGGUCACACGUGAUCCCACUUUAGAAACUUGCAAAAGUUUUGGGGGUGGUCACUCUGCUUCAUUUCCAGUCAGGGUCUAUCUUGUAACUUCCUGCUGGAAUCCUGUCACUUUUCGUUCCACAAAAGUUAUGGUUUAUUUUUGCCCUGCUUUUGUUGAACUGCCGCCCCUCCAGACAGCAAUAAUAUGGUAGCAUUAGGGAAACUGUGCAGAACAAAUUAAAGCAGACGAAAUCUACCACUAAUGCACUACUGUUGUGUCAAGAGCUCACUGAAGAAUACAUCCACACUAAAAUACCAGUCUGGAGGGGCCCUGCCUUCCAGUGUAUCUGUUGUGGGAAAAGAUGUCUGAAGCUUUUUCUAGGGUGUUUUCCCAACUUAGGGAUGAAUUGAGAGGCACACGUUGAAGGUCUUGCGUAUACACCUGAAUCCCUGAAUGAUGAGAGGUCUUGGAGUCCCAAACGUGGUGUGUGUGUGUGUGCUGGUUUGUUUGGGAUGAAGGUCACUGAAGGCUGGUGAUGUUUCUGUGAUACACGGUUUUAUCUUUAUUUAUUUUAUUUUAUAAAAAUAUUUGUGUACCGCUAUUUGUUAAAAGCACCAAAGCGGUUUACAACAUGCUAACAAAAAAGCCAACCACCGUAGAAUAAAAACAUGAAAAAUACAAUAAAAACGAAAGUCAAUUGUUGUGAAGAAAA